AUGGACAAGAGCAUGGCCAACGGAGGGCCGCCCAGCUAUGCCCCGGCCUACGACUCGGCCUCCGCCUCCGCCUCCCCAUCAACAGCAUCCGAUCCCACUGCGACCAUCUCGACACCGGCAACCGCACCUGCACCUGCCGCUCAGGAAGCAUCGGCCGCGCCUACGUGGUCGAUCUUUGCGCUGACGCAGGCGGCGUUGGAGCUUCCGCACAUCACCACCACACGACGCAUCUUGCCGCCUCCGCCUCAGCCGUCGCCUUUGCCCGCCUUCCUGCUGCACUGCACGCUCUUUGCCUCGUACGACCUGCAUGCGCCGCAUCCGGUGCCUUUCCGCGAUGUGGGUUGUCCCGCCACGCACGCGCGCGGCGAAGCGGGCGCGACGGCCAAGAGCAAAGUCUCGCAGUCUGUCACGCGGCUUCGCAAGCGGCUCGGCGUACAGAUCCCCGUGGCGUACCUAGGCAGCCCCGGGUUUAACCCGUGCCAGCUCGAUGCAGUCUCGCCCCGCGGCGGGUUGGCGUUCCUGUCGCAUCCACAGCCCAGGAACGGUGCCGAGAUGACGGCUAGGUCGGGCAACGUCGGACGCUACCGCAAGGUGAGCCUCUUCCAGGCCCAGGCGAGAGAGAUGACGCACAUUGUAUCGAGGCCGCUCGUCGAGCGCGUCGUGUCGGCAGUCUACGCGGGACAGGGCAUCUACAACCGGAUGGCAGUGUUUCCCGCCGAGGCCGUACUGUCCUACACGCGCGACGCCGAGCAGGCCGAUGAGAAACAAGGCUGGCUCGCCAAGCUCAAGGCCAAAGCCAAAAGUUCCGACUCCAAACCCGACUCGGCCGCACAGGGAGCACAGACGAUUGCACAGGUGCGCUCCCCCGAUACUGCGCGCGGUAACGAAGCCAUCAAGUCGGUCAAAGCACCCAUGGUCUUUGCCACGCUCGACCUGCUCGCCCCACCCCCGCGCCUGCUCGAAACGGGCGGCCCAUACCCGGUGGAGAUGAACAAAGCGUCCGAUUCGGACCUGGCCACCUCGGCGCGGCUCAUCAGCGAGUUCGACCGCGGGAGCGACGAUGAGCGCUUCAGCCGCUUCCUCUUCACGCCCACCGAGGCGGACGACGCGUUGUUCGCGCAGAUGCUGCGUGCGCUCGAACGGCGCGGUGCGAUCUGGUGCGAGGCAGGUCGACUCAUCACGCCCAGCUCGCGCAAUCCGAACCCGCGCGAACGCGCCCGCUUCCUCGUCAAGGGCGUCUUCCCCGAACGUUUUGCCAACCGAUGCCGCUUCUACCGCGCACGCAAGUUCGAGCCCAUGCCGAGCGACCUCUCGCCGCACGAGGUGCGCAAGUUCGGCGCCCCCCUCAUCGUACACACCGUCGUCGAACGCACGGGCUCAGAGGGCAUCGAUAUCAACGACUACGUUCAGCCGCAACCGACCAACGCACACACAGCCACACGCGCAGACGACGACGACGACAUGUUCGAUUGGGAGUGGGACGAGAACGACCUCGCCCCGCGUUCGGGCGAGGGCGGAUUGCCCGACUACACGUCGGCGCAGAAGGAGCAGUUGAAAGGGUACGGCAUCCAAUCCGCCCGGGCGCGCGCGCUCGUCGAGGCCGAGGCCGACUUCUUUACCGGCUGGAGCAUCGGCGUUACGGACGAGCCCUUCAAAAACGGCGGGGGGAAGGAAAGCAUGGGUACCGGCUCCGCACUCUGGUUCGCAGGAGGCGCCUUCUAG